GAGAGAAUUCAAGAUGGCUGCUACAGGUUCUUUAUAAAGGGCUAACUCUCCUGGAUCCCAUUGUGCAUGAAGCUCUCCUGAGGUCGUGGUGUCUUUAAGUGCUGUGUUGUCCAGCGUCCCUCCUGCCUCUCAUCAUGUCCUCCACCUCCUCCUCCUACUCCUCCUCGGGGGAGACCAGUCCGGAGGAUGUACCCCGAGGUGGGGGCACCAUCCGAGUCUACCUCCCCAACAAGCAGAGGACCGUGGUGAAUGUUCGACAAGGACAGACUGUGCACGAGAGUCUAGAUAAAGCGCUCAAAGUGAGAGGUCUAAGCCAGGAGUGCUGUGCUGUAUUUCGCCUUCUAGAAGGUCGUAAGAGACUGACAGACUGGGACACAGACAUCACUCCUCUGGUUGGAGAGGAGCUUCUGGUCGAGGUCCUGGAUGAUAUUCCCCUUACCAUGCACAACUUUGUACGGAAAACCUUCUUCAAGCUGGCUUACUGUGAUUUUUGCCACAAGUUUCUUUUUAACGGCUUCAGAUGUCAGACAUGCGGCUACAAGUUUCACCAGCACUGCAGUAGCAAGGUCCCCACUGUGUGUGUUGACAUGGACACAGUGAGCAAACGGUGUGAUCCCCAUCCCUGCACAGAUGAGUACCCUCGGAUAUUAUUGCCAGAUAAUUCCCCGUCACAAAGCAACAUGGCCUUAACCCCAGAGCCUCCUGGGAUGGACCUCCUGUCCCCGACAUCAGCCUUUCCCUUCCCCAUGCCUGGCGGAGACGGCCAGUCUCUACAGAGGCAUCGCUCCACCUCCACCCCCAAUGUUCAUAUGGUCAGCACAGUGGGCCCUGCUGGUGUCAGCAUCAUAGAGGAAGCACUAAAAUCCUCAAACAAUAUUAUAGGUUCUGAGUCGUCACCGAAGCCCUCCACAAGCCCACCCACCUCUAUGGGCUCUCCAGGGAGGAGACCGCCCAAAUCCCCCUCAGAGCACAAGGAACGCAAGCCCUCCUCAUCUGACGACAAAAAGAAAGUGCACCGAGGAGGCUACAGGGACUCGAGUUACUACUGGGAGGUUCACUGGAAAGAAGUCACCAUGCAGAAGAGAAUAGGCGCCGGAUCCUUUGGAACCGUCUUCAAGGGCAAGUGGCACGGAGACGUGGCGAUCAAGAUCCUUAAAGUCACAGAGCCGACGCCUGAGCAGCUACAGGCCUUCAAAAACGAAAUGCAGGUCUUACGGAAGACUCGCCACGUCAACAUCCUGCUGUUUAUGGGUUACAUGACUAAGCCCAACUUCGCUAUCAUCACUCAGUGGUGUGAAGGCAGCAGCCUCUACCGCCAUCUGCACGUCUCCGAAACUAAGUUUGACACUAUGCGGCGCAUCGAUGUGGCCAGACAGACAGCACAGGGCAUGGAUUAUCUUCACGCAAAGAACAUAAUUCAUCGAGACCUGAAAUCAAACAAUAUUUUUCUCCACGAGGGCUGGACCGUUAAGAUCGGUGACUUCGGCUUGGCCACGGUGAAAUCUCGGUGGAGCGGUUCUCAACAGGUAGAACAACCCAGCGGAUCCAUUCUCUGGAUGGCUCCUGAGGUGAUCCGAAUGCAGGACAGCAACCCAUAUACAUUCCAGUCUGAUGUAUACGGCUACGGAGUGGUGCUGUUCGAGCUGAUGUCAGGGCACCUGCCUUACUCAAAUAUCAACAACAGAGACCAGAUAAUCUUUAUGGUUGGACGCGGUUAUUUGUCUCCAGACCUCAGUAAGCUGUAUAGUACCUCACCCAAGUCAAUGAAAAGGCUGAUUGUUGACUGCCUGAAGUUCAACCCUGAGGAGAGGCCCCUGUUUCCACAGAUCCUGGUAUCCAUUGAGCAAGUUCAAGACCUGCUGCCAAAAAUAGAGCGGAGUCGCUCCGAGCCCUCACUCCACCGGGCCGUCCACGCCGAGGACCUGAACCCCCUCCUGUUCCACACCACCAGGCUGAUGCCCCUCUAAGCCGGCAGCACUGGGCAGAGAGGCUGUCACCUUUGUCCAAAACCGCAGCAUUCCCCCCCGUGCCUCAGAGAGGCUACAGCUGGCUGGCCUGACAGACCAUGACCCCUCCCAAAACCCCCACCCCCACCCCCUUAACUCGCUCCCUGCCUCUGCACAGCCACGGAGCUGCAGUACUCAGUAACAACCUGCAGGAAUAACCAUAACACAUCCUUUUAGUCUUUUCCUUUCAUACAAGAGACAAAGAUCUGCUCAUUAGGUGAAAUGAUUGUCUGCUGUUAUUGUAAAUAUGUCAGCUGGCCUCAGAUUGGGCCAGCUGAUGAUCUCAAAUUGGGAAAAUGUAACCAAUAGGCUUUAGAUACUCCGACCUACUGCAAGGUAUUGUCAGUUGUGUGGAGGAAAACAUAAAAAGCACAACACUGCAAUAUAGCAUCAGUCAUUUUUAACGGUAAAAUAGUCUUACUCUGACCUUUUGAGGAGCACUGUGAUCAUCUGCAAAUAUUUAAACCAGCUGCUGGUUCAGGUCACUUUAUCAGCUCUACUUCAAAUAUCCAGUCGUCACGCGUCCCUUUAUUUAAGCACGUGAUAUGAAAGCAAAGUGAGGGUAAAAGCUUGGACGCUGUCUCACAGGGAAACCUCCGGUAUUCACUGUUUUCACAAAUGUUCAACAGUUGAAAUGAAUGAGAAAGAGAUGGAAUUGAGAGCGAAUGCAAUAUUUUUAACCAUAAUAUCAAACUGACAUGAGAAGCAGAGGAAGAGGAAGCCCAAACUAGUAGAAGCCUGCAAUAGAUCGGCAACUUCAGACACUGUACUGUACAAAAACAUGUAGAGGAAAAAUAAAAAAGGAUGAUUUAUCUUGUUGAAAUGACAGCAUGACAAUGAAAGGCUUGAUAAACAGAUAAGAACACGGAGUUAUUUUCUCUUCCACUAAAUAAUUAGAAUCAUUUCUCUCUUAUCUGGCAGAUAAAACAGGCACCCGGGUGUCUUUCAAAUCAAGUUGGAACAGAGUGCGCACCAAUGUCGCAACAGACUAAAAUAGUUAAAUGCCAAAAGAGUGUUUGACAUGUGGAAGUUGAACCGCUGACUCAUCAGGGAGUGAUAAAAUCGGAUGUACACACAAAUAUAGAAAUGUGCAUUUUCACACGGUCCCUUGUUCAGUCUUAAACCUUUUCUAAAUUGGGAACAACACAGACACAGUCCAGGUUAAACUGGUUUCACUACUUUUCUUCUGAGCAACCAAAAUAACCUUUUUUCUUUUUAAAAGAGACGCUGUCAGUUCCCGAAACUGAAUCAUUUCCUAUAUUUAUAAUGUUAUUUACAUCACCAGGAUAUUUUUCUCAACUUGAUUUAAAUGUGUUCAGACUGAACACAGGAUUAAACUGUUAGGACCAAUAUUUGUACAGUGUAAACAGAAGGAUACAUCUUUUUUUUAAUAAGCCAUUCUAAUAUUCAACAUUUCUUAACCAAAAAAAAAAAAAAAAAAAAAUCCAAGUGUUGUUUUUGCCAGUGCAGGAAUAAAAGUCUUUGAAGCACCAUUUAAAUCAUCACAGGACACUAACACCCAGCAGAAUGUUAAUAGCUCAGAUUCAUCUCAAUAGAAAAAUACAAUAGUACGGAUUAUUUCACACUCAGGCACACAUGUUGUAGCUGUGAGCGCACUCGAGGUGUUUUAUUCCCCUUUUUCAUUUUUUCACUAGUUCAGCAGCAGAACGUCAUCACGCUCCACACUGCAGGACUGCAGGUCAGAUGGCUUUUUGCUUACAAUGUUUCUUUUUUUUUCAUUAUAGUCUAACGAAGAUUUGACAGAUGUUAGCAAGUCGCAGUCUUAAUGUAAACGGUUAGUUGUAUUGCUGCUACGUAAAGUAAUUUUUUUGUUUUUUGCACCUCAGAUGAGACAUACUGAGAGUCGAGCGCAGUGCUGCAGCACAGCCUCACUGACCUGUAUUAAAUCUUGUGCAUUUGUAGUCUUAAAAGUAUCUUCUUCAUGCUCCCGAACAUGAACACACACGCACGCACUCUGAACUAGCACUGUAGCUGUUGGUGAUGCAUUAACACUGUGGUUGAUAGGCUGGACACUCUGGUAGGUGUGACAAGUGUUUUUUGUUUGAGUUUUUUUGUAAUAUAACAACAUGAUGUUUAUUUUUCACAAAUGACCACAGUUGGAGGCGAGGUGGAAAGUCUUCACCACCGCCCGGCAGCACCACUCUGAUCUAUUAAGUAUUGUAGUCUCCACACCAAGGGAAACAAGCAUGGGAAACCUGUUGAUAGCCAGAGCAGCACAGUGGUCAAAGUAGCUGAAUGUACAACCAAACCAACGUUUUUCAGCCGAGCUCAUCCGUCCGCACUCCGCCCACCAGCGUGAAAGAUCCCUCACAUCGCUCACAGUGUUCAUCACAAGCUGCUGUUUUUCUCCUCACCAUCACCAUUCAGCUCCUGAGCUCUAUUCAGAUCAGGAUUGUAUCUGACCCGCCUGAUCGGUCAGUACUCAGGUGUGACAGCUUCAUGAUGCAAUAAACUUCCAAUGGAUUGUGGCUGAAACGGUUAAUUAAAGGGCACAGCUGCACAAAUACCAUCCCUUGUAAUGAUGGCGGGUGGAGCUGCAGUAUAUGAGACAUUGAGAAGAGAGUCUUUAUAAUCGGGCUGACGUCGCUGUGUUCCUCAAAUUGUCAGGUGGCUACCUGUGCCUUGCUGAUAGGGACACUACUCCCAUUUAAGAACAAAAUGCAUCAUGGAAUUUAAAUCACAGGGAGGAAUUAGUAUUUUGGGUUGGGUUUUUUUUGGACAAACUGAGCCCCUUUUUCAUGGAUUAUAAAUCUAAUCCCAAACAAAAGCACAAUACAUCAGAAAUGUGCAGGAGGGACUUGGUGCGAGCCUCUCCUUUUUACUUGAAGCACACCCAGAGCUGUAUUUCCUCUUCUCCAGCACUCUGUGACACUAGUGGAAAGUACUGUAUUUCUAGAAAGCUUCUAGUAGCAAUGUGAGUGAUUUCUAAUAAGGCUUCAGCAGAAUAUAACGCAGAAUCUGCUUCGACGCACCUGAAAGCCGUCUGUUUUUUGUUUUUUUAGAAUCGAAUAUAUAUAUAUAAGCCAUAAUUGUACAAUAAUGUUUUAUAAAGAACGUUUUUAACGUCAUCUUCAACCAGACCGGUGACGGCGUACAUCCUGAGCUGUUUUGAGUACGGUCUAUUUACCACUCGAACAGCUAACGGCACUCUGUAUAGGUCGCAUUUAAAUAGUGGUUGAUUUUGGGGGUUAAAAUUCUAGGAUAGGUCUGGAUUUUUCUUAAUAUACUACUCAUAAGCCACUUAUACCUGCAGCUGUUGGUCACUGUAAUCAUUCCUCCUCUCCAUACUGGCUGUCACAUUAAUCUUAUAAAGUGACUACACUGUAAAAGAUGGAGGACAAAAUCUACAGGCUUAGUCCCUCACACACUCCUGGUCGCUGCAUGGAAGUCAGUUAGUUUCCAGGACAAAGACACAUUCUUCAUUUGUCCUCAUCUGAGCGUUCUCAGAUAGCCAAGGAAAGAUUACAACCGCCACUAACUGCUGCUGUGUACGUAUGGAAGUCACUUACAUCCAUCACAAGUCUACCAGUCCUGUUCAGUCACUAUAGGCUACUGCACAGUCAAAAGUGGCCAUUGAUAGUUUGAUGGAAACAGCUGCUGAGUGAUCCUCCAGAUUGUCUUGACUCUUUAAGAGCCUUUAGAGACUUUUCUAGACUUUUUUUUUUUUUUUUUUUUUUUCUUGGUCAGGAUUUUAAAUGUUAAGAUUUGAAGUAACUAUUCAGUUCAGUUUUCUUCUGCUCUUUGCAGCAGGGGGUUGCUACUAUUUUUUUCUAAAGUGAGCACAGAGGUAACUGCUCUUAGGCAUAAACCUUAAUCUUGGGAGUAUCGGCUUCACGAUACAAACAAGGCUCCAGUGUAAAAUGUAAAUGAACUAGCAGCAACGAGAAGUGGCGUCGAACGUUGCGCGAACUGUAUCGAGCGAGCGUCGGACGGUCGUUACUGAACAAAGUAGAAAUAACAGCAGAUGAGAUGUUUUGAACUUUUUUUGAUAUUUUUUAAUGUUGUGAAAAUAGGGGCUGGGUACCCCUAGCUCUCGUUACUCAUUCCAGUUAUAUCGGUGGUUUUAUCGUGGUUGUUUGGGGGAGGGGUAAGGGGAGGGGGAUGUAGGUUUGGCGGGGAUUUGCGAACCAGGGUCGGGAAAGACUUUAGUUUCCGUCUUUCUCUUAUUUAUUGAUGUCUUCUUCUCUUUUUUUUUUUUUUUGUUGUUGCAGAUGUUGUCGUGUGUGCGCGCGGCUCUUUUUGAGGUGGAUGUAUUGUUUACUGAGAGAGAUCGCUCUGUGCAACGUUCACGUCAUCGUCGCCUCUCUCUCUCUAUCUCUCUCUCUUUAACCAGAAUGGUCUUUCUUUUCUUUUCUUUUGGCCACGGUACUGUCUCCUCCUUCAAAUAACUUCUUUAAUCUUGAUACUGUCUCUCGCUGGGGCAUUUUCUAACCGCGGUUUCUUUUCAACGUCUCAGACACACGAAAUAGGUAUCAAACUUUUUAAGCAACAUAGGGUUUCACUACGAUAGCAUUUGUUUAAUGCGACACUUCAACAAUACUGUAAAUUUUCUCGUUUGAUUGGGGCGCAUUGCAUUGCCUCUCCUGUUGAUAUUUAAGUGUAGAUAUAAGUAUUGCUGAAUGAAACAAACCCCGUCUUUUGUAAAAAAAAAACAGCUGCUUUCUGUGUGUAACCUUUCAGCAAUAGUAAGGACAGAAUGUUAAAUUCCAUAAAGCGAGAGCAGCAGUGCUUUACAAUAAUGUUGGACCAGGUUUCCUUUGAAUCACCACUCGGAGGACUAGUGGACGACUAUUUCCCUGAUCAGAAAUGUUGAUUGAUUUCGGUUCAGCCUUGUGUUAAAAGUGGCCCGCCCCCCCCUAAAGAGGACAUGUUGUAUGUAAAGGAGGGAACAAGUGCCACAGUUACUGGAGACCCCCAAUGAAAUGGACCUGCUUCAUGACACAUACAAUAACAGUGAGCUGCCUGUGGAGACCCACAGGGGGCAGCGUAGUGGGGGGGGAGAACCACACUCAACACGGCUGUUUUAUUUCAGAGAUGAUGAUGAUGAUGAUGAUGAUGAUGGUGGUGAGAGAGCUGUAUCAGAGUAGGGUUUUUGUUGUUGUUGUUGUUUUUUUCAUAUCUGUAGGUGAAUUGCAAUAUUGUGUUAAUAGUUUCUGAGGUGUCAGGGGUGUUCAGUUUGCAAUAAAUGGUAUAUUCUGCUGUGUACAGUUACAUUUUUUUUUUUAAUUACAAAAAUUUUACCUGUUUAUAUUUUUUGUGUGAUGUUUCAAAAAAGAACAAAAUUAUUUUAAAGUGUAAAGGAAAUCUUAGUAUUUUUUUAGUUUUUUUGUCUUAAAAUAUUGAUGCAGGAUUUAUUCUUUAAAUAAAUAAAUAAAUUCA